AUGGACUCCUCGCCGCGUUCAGAAGCUUCGUCAAUAUGCGACAAAUCUUUCUCACGGAAAGACGUCUACCAAAGGCAUAAACGAAGUGUCCACGACCCAGAUCGAGCCACCCGAGUUGCCGGUCGUAGAAAGUCUUGUCGCCGAUGCAUCCGAUAUAAGAUAAGAUGCUCUCGCGAGUUGCCCUGUACCGGCUGCCGAAACCAUCCAGAGCAAUGCAUCUAUGGUGCAGGGACAGUCAUCCCACCUGUAACAAAGACGCCAGUUGGGGGCACAAUAAACGAGAGUCGAGAAACACCCCGCAUCGACGAAGCUCGGCACGGGAACCUAGAUGAUUUGGUUGAUGCUGCCAAUGUCUUAAAUGAGUGUACCAUCAACAUACCCGACAUUGAUGGAACAAGCAUUGAGGAUAGUGAUCAAGUAUCAGGACAGCAGGUGGAGUGUAACUCUCUGACUGAUUUCCCUUCAAACGUUACUAUUACGACCGACACGACGUCAGGCUGUGAGACUGGUAGCAGAGAGUUCUUCUUCUCUAGGUCUCCGGUAAUACCACAAGAAGGGAUUCUUCCUCCUCCAUAUCGUGUAGAAAACACACUUCAAGGGUCAGGAGAGCCAGCGACAGAUGGUCAGGGCGCUCUUGACCAGUUGAUGGGUGAUCAUCCCGAGACGGAUAGCCACACGGAUCAGGACAAGUCAGUUGUAGAUCCCUGUAUAUUUGACUUUCCUCUUGAUCCAUUCCAGCUUGACCUUUACGGUUGGAAUACUCUUCUCGGUGGUGAGACCGAGGCAGAGGGUCCAAGUCCUGGAAUGUCAGUAGGACAAGUGCCUGAAGAUCCAACAACCGGGCUACCUUCUGUCUGUGGCCAGCCCAUGUUAGCAGACGACACAUCCCCGAGGAACUAUGAAGGCGAGCCAAGCAGUAGUAGGCCAGCCCUUGGAGAAAGAAACCAGCCUGAAAUCAGGCGCCACACGCAGCAAAAAGAUUGGGAAAACAAGGAACACUGGCCAGGCGUCCUUGAUCAAGGAGGGAACGAAGCAUGGCCCUUUGACUACACUUCGAAUCAGGGCUUUCGAAGAAUAAAAUUACCUCCACUAAAACAAAUUCUUGAGCAGACCGUCGCUUCCCGCCCCACGAUCCAGAAGAAUAUUCUGGGCGACCUGAUCAAAGUCCUCUCCGCGCCUCAAAUCCCAUCACUCAACGACACACCAGCUCUCGAGGCUAUGCCCGCGGUCGCCUUUCUCAGCGAAUAUACAAGGGUCUAUUUUGCAGAGUUUCAUAACAUGUUUCCGGUAAUUCACAUACCAACCUGGAGGAUCGAGAAGUGCCCAACGCCGUUGUUGGCUGCUAUGGCGUGCCUCGGGGCCACGUAUUCCACCGCCGAAGGGUCAAAUGAAGUUUCUACUUUGUUUGCUGAGAUAACUCAGCGAGCACUCUUUUGGAUGGGCCAGCAAGACAGUUCCGCGUUUCGGAAUACGGCUUAUAUUACCGCAUCGUGUUUGCACCAAAUUUACGCUCUCGGUACAGGAAACAGGCGUCUUUAUGAGAUUGCCGAUGCUUCCAGAGGCCUCCUCGUAACAAGCUUGCGAGGAUUGGGUCUCUUAUCGUCAGAGAGCAGCAUUAAUUCAACCCCUGACUCUCUAGGUCUCGAUUUCCGGAAACUCAAGGCUAUGAGCAACGUCGAACUAGACGAGGCGUGGCGAGCCUGGAGGGACAAGGAGACGGCAAAGCGAAUGGCCUGGUCGGUUUUCGAGUUUGACUGCACGCUCUCCACCAUGACAUCCAAGAAGCCCGCGUUUCGGAUCGCCGAGCUCCCACCACGUUUGCCUUGUAGCGAGAGCAUCUGGGAAGCUCAUUCGGCUCGAGCAUGGGCAGCACUUGUCCCAUUCACCUCGAGCCCUCCCGCUGGACUACUAUUCUACCCCACACUUCGUGAGAUUAUCAGCCAGAAAAAGGUGCCCUCUGAUGCGCCUGCUUGGGCGAUGAGGUUGUGUGCCGUGGCAAUUGGAAGUAUUCUCUACGAUUUGAAGGAGGUCCAAGAUGCCUCUGCGCCUGGUAUUUUGGGGAUUCAAGCUAUGACGGAAGCUCAUCUCCAGACGCGGCAAACGCUCAUCAAUAGCCUUGAAGCAUUGGAUGCCUCACUAGGCAAACCGAUGUGUACGGCUGAUGUCGUCAAUAUGAAUGUCUUGACUCUCACAACCCAUAGAUCUCACCUCAUCAGCUCCGGCGAUGAGACAAUGGACCUUAUCAUCAGCAUAUUCCGCAACUCGGGCCUGGAAGCAAAUCAUCCAUCUGCUAGACCAGCAGAAGCUGCCAAGGACCGCCUACGUCACAUCUUCCGAUCAAACGCUACAAAUUCUCGUCGUCUUGCCUUCCACGCCGCCGUCAUCAUUGCCAUUGCUCGUGACUGCACUAUCAAUACUCCAUGCGAGACUCUGAGCGUAUUCAUGGGCUACGCCUACCUUCUUGCGUACAUCAGAUUUGCAACCUUUAAUGAAGAUGACAUAGAUGAAAAUUUGGCACUACCUCGUGUUGCACUGGAUGAGAUCCCAUGGAUGAGAGAUGCCAAUGCGAUGAGGCAGAUUAAUCGGUGGAUCGAAUAUGGGGGCCCAGCUUCUCUUGGUGCCAUAGCGAAUAUCUGUGAUAGGCGUAGUUUCGACGAAGCAAAACAGGGGGCUCUCGAUGCGUUGACGGAAUUGAGUGUUUGGGGUCUGGCCAGGAAGUUCAGACAAACCGUCAGUAAAUUUGUGUAA